AUGUCUAAAAAAAAAAUCAAACUUUACGGGAUCGAUAUUGAAAGCGAUGAUGAUUAGGAGUAUGUACCAGAUGAAUAGGACAUUUCUGAGAAUAACAAAAACCUGAGUCAUCCGAAAACAUUUAACAUCGAUGAAAUCUAUUCAGAGAUGAAAAAAAUUGAUUUGUAUUAGCCUAAGGUUUGCACCAAGUCUGCCUAAUAAAUUGUAAGAGAAGUACUUGAUGAACAGAAUCGAGUGUAAGUGAAACGUGUCAAGUUUGCGGGAAAAUCAUUUUUAAUAAAUGAUAAAGGUGAAAUAUAAGAAGAAAACAUAGAACCUGUAUAAACCAAAUAAAUCAAAUAACCUAUUGGAAAUUCAAUGUCUAUGAAAGAGCUGAGAGAGAGUUUUCGAUAUUACAGAGAAGUAAUCAAGAAAUUGACCAACAAAGCCAAGACUAUCAAUUCUGUGACUAAAUCUAAAUUAGAUUGGAAGCAAUAUACGACCAAAGAGAAGUUAGAAACAUAAAUGGAGCAAAAAAGAAAGAGUGGAUAGGGAGUCCUUGAGAAAGCCAAGUUUAUCAAUAGAACUAAUGAGAGAGUUAAAUCGAUUAGACAUAAUAAAAUAAAAAAAUUAUGA